UCCAGGCCAGGGGCUGGGGUGGUGGGGGUGGCGGGAGAGGGACGCUCCCGGGAGCUGAGCAAGCUCCCUGGAAGCGGUGGAUUCCCGUGCCCCAUGCUGCACUCAGGCAUACCAUUUCUUCAUUCGCGGAGAAUCGUGAACCGAGAGAAUACUCAGACCCAGGUUCCAGGCUCCCGGUGUGACGGGGCAGACAUCCCGUAGGCAGUGAUUGUGGGAAAUUGGGCUGUGGAGACCCAGGGGAGGUGCCAGGUCCCAAGAGAGGCGGGGGUGCGCAGUCCAGUAGUAUUCCUGGAUGCUUAGGAAUUUAGAUGGAGUGUGCGAGGUAGGGGAAACAGCAUAUGCAAAAGCCGGGAAACAGGUGAGAACAUGGCAUGUGUUUGGAAGCACAAAAUAGUAGUAAGUCUGAGUGGAUGGAAGGGAGGAGAAACGCUGGACAAGAGGGCUUAGGCCUUGGGGGUCACCCAGUGUACUCUGCCUAGUCCCAAGAUCCACUAAGGGGCCUCUUGCCAUGGCCCUGCCCAGGUCCCUGAAGACUUCAUCUCCCGGGAGCUGUUUGACACAGUCCAGGUGUACAUCAUCACCAAGCCAGAGCUGCAGAACAAGCUCAUCACUGUGUUUCGUGUGUGAUGCCCAGGCCAAGACCUGUGCCCUCGAGCCCAUCGUCAAAAAGCUGGCUGGCUACCUGACCACACUGGAGCUAGAGAGCAGCUUCGUGUCAACAGAGGAGAGCAAGCAGAAGUUGGUGCCCAUCAUGACCAUCUUGCUAGAGGAGCUAAAUGCCUCAGGCCGGUGCACUCUGCCCAUCGAUGAGUCCAACACCAUCCACUUGAAGGUGAUUGAGCAGCGGCCUGACCCUCCUGUGGCUCAGGAGUAUGAUGUGCCUGUCUUUACCAAGGACAAGGAAGAUUUCUUCAACUCACAGUGGGACCUCACCACACAACAGAUCCUGCCCUACAUUGAUGGCUUCCGCCAUGUCCAGAAGAUCUCAGCUGAGGCAGAUGUGGAGCUAAACCUGGUGCGCAUCGCCAUCCAGAACUUGCUGUAUUACGGCGUCGUGACACUGGUGUCCAUCCUCCAGUAUUCCAAUGUGUACUGCCCGACACCCAAGGUCCAGGACCUGGUAGAUGACAAGUCCCUGCAAGAGGCGUGUUUAUCCUAUGUGACCAAACAAGGGCACAAGAGGGCCAGUCUGCGGGAUGUGUUCCAGCUGUACUGCAGCCUGAGCCCCGGCACGACUGUGAGAGACCUCAUUGGCCGCCACCCCCAGCAGCUGCAGCGUGUUGAUGAACGGAAGCUGAUCCAGUUCGGGCUUAUGAAGAACCUCAUCCGCCGACUACAGAAGUAUCCCGUGCGGGUGUCUCGGGAGGAGCGGAGCCACCCUGCCCGGCUUUACACAGGCUGCCACAGCUAUGAUGAGAUCUGUUGCAAGACAGGCAUGAGCUACCACGAGCUUGAUGAACGGCUGGAAAAUGACCCCAACAUCAUCAUCUGCUGGAAGUGAGGCUGGUGGGGGCUGGACUUGGCACUCGGCUGGGGCUGCUGUGUCUUCUGCUAAGCGCUCCCUGGUGCAUGAGGGCUAGACCGGUAGACAAGUCCAUAUUGUCUCAAGGAUGACCCUCCCUUCUGUAAAUAAAAUCAUCCAUUUCAACCUA